AUGAUGGAACCCAAUCCCAAUCCCAAUCCCAUCUCCUCUUCUCUUCUCCUCUUUCUGCUGUUUUUUACUCCAACUAUGGUGGCUCCUCUAGGUAUCAACUACGGGCAAAUUGCCAACAAUCUUCCCUUACCGGAAAACGUGGUACCAUUAGUCAAAUCCAUCGGAGCUACCAGAAUCAAGCUCUAUGAUGCUGACCCACAUGUCCUCAAAGCCUUUGCUAACACCGGCGUUGAGUUCAUCGUCAGUCUUGGCAAUGAGUACCUUUCCAAGAUGAAAGAUCCUUCUAAAGCUCAAUCAUGGGUUAAAAAUAAUGUCCAAGCUUACUUACCUGCUACUAAAAUCACCUGCAUCGCUGUCGGUAAUGAAGUUCUCACCUUUAACGAUACCAUCCUCACCGACAACCUCCUCCCUGCAAUGCAAAGUGUCCACACUGCUCUUGUUAAUCUCAAAUUGGACAAACAAGUCACUGUCACCACCGCACAUUCUCUUGCUAUUCUACAAACUUCCUAUCCGCCAUCUGCUGGAGCUUUCCGUCGGGAUCUUGUCAACUGUGUUACCCAGAUCGUGGACUUCCAUUGCAAAACUGGCUCACCUUUUCUGAUUAAUGCUUAUCCUUACUUUGCUUACAAGGGAAAUCCGAAGCAGGUCUCCCUUGAUUUCGUGCUAUUUCAGCCCAACUCUGGUAUCGUUGAUCCAGAGUCCAAUCUCCAUUACGACAACAUGCUUUUCGCUCAGAUCGAUGCUGUUCACUCUGCUUUAGCUUCCAUCGGGUACAAAAACGUCUGCGUACAGAUCUCGGAGACGGGAUGGCCGUCAAAGGGAGACGCCGACGAGGCCGGAGCUACACCGGAGAAUGCUAGGAAAUACAACUGUAAUCUGAUGAAGCUUAUUGGUCAGAAGAAGGGUACACCCAUGAGGCCUAACUCGGAUUUGAAUAUAUACGUAUUUGCCUUGUUCAAUGAGAACCUCAAGCCUGGUCCUAGUUCGGAGCGAAACUACGGCCUGUUCAAGCCGGACGGAUCUCAGGCUUACCCCUUAGGAGUCCCGGCAAUCAACGCAGUGAGUACGAAUAGCAGCAACUCCGGUGGGUCUGGAUCUACACUAUCAGCGUCAGUGCCGCCAGCAAGCUCCUCCUCCGGUUAUCUAGCCAUUACUUCUGAUUCGGGGACAAGUCUUUCUCCCUGCAAAACCUUGCUUCUCUACUUUGUGAGCUUUGGAUUAUGGAAGAAACUUGACAACUACUAUCACUUGUAA